GCAAACUCUCCCACUGAGCCGUUAGCUGAACACUAUUGUCGUUACCAAACCACCGCUUGGAUUUCACGUUCUCAACAUUGACUUUUGGACCAUCUCGAAAAUCAUAUUUUAUAGCACCCCGUCGUGCCUGUUCCACAAGCGCACAGCAGUUGACACUUUUGACACGUCUCACCGGUUCGGAUGACUGACUCGGGAGGUCUUCUAGCCGAGUAACCCCAAGCCAACAAAUUGGGAACAGAGACUGUUUGUCCACCUUAAUGAGAAUCGAGACUUUACGGUCCAGCCCCGAAUCACGGCUCUACAACAAGCCCCGGGCUGUGUGGUCAAGGUGAAGCCGGAGACAAGACAGGGCCAAGCCCGUGACUCCACUUCUCCACACAUUCGCCGGCACCGGAUGCCGGGGGCACGUCGCCGGGUAUCCUUCGGGCCGUUCAGCACGUGGGUUCACUCCCCGAUACUACUACGACAACGCUCCGGUCGAGACACCUUGCGGCUCUUGGGACGCACCGUGUGAUGGUUGCUCUAUAGUGACAUGCUGACGAGUGUGCGGUUCAUCGACAAUGUCUUAUCGGGCCCCCCUCCCACCCCCCUCGACCCCAAAUUCUGGCUGUCACGCUGCCACCAGGUCUUUCUUGUUCCGCAUUCCGAGCCCUUGGCGCCCAGAACCUGGAGUCGAAGCAAGGCUGAGCCUCCGAACGCAGCACCCGCGAUGAAUGCCGAACAUGCUCCCCACCAUGAGUACCCCACCUGGAGACCCCGCAGGAAGGGUCUAGAGAGAUGGAGGGGUCACCAGGGAGCUGGGUUUUGCCAUCGGAUUUGCCCCGUUGAACAACGUCACUGGAAAGGGAAGGCUCAAACAUGGCAUUUUCUGCAUCUUCGGAUGGCAGCUCUCUGCGAUGAGAUGAGAUGAUGGUGGCCUUCUCUUCACCUUUGGACAACCAAUCAUAACUGAUCAUUGUCAUGACAGACAAGUAGGAACCCAGCAUCACCAGGGCAGGCCGGCAAGUGUUUUCAGUGUUUUAUACCCUCCCACAUGCGCGCCGCUUCACAACCCCAUCUUGGCCACGGUCUCCGGGGACGGCACUCAUCCAGGGGUAACGCCCCUCGCGAUACCCACAUGCCGGCCUGCGACGAGAUCCCAGACUCUGCUCCUCCAGGCCAAUCCAGGUUCACCCCCCACAUGAUGACCGAUCAUGUCUGUCUUCUUCCUAUUUUUCUCCCGCUUCUCCCCAGCUUCAUCGGCCUUGUUCCCGUUCCUCUGGAUCUCACUUCUGCUGUAGCCCCUUCCUUGUUUUCUUCUUGUUGAUACCCCGGACUGUACCUUGCCUUUGUCUUCUUUCCCAUCUCUCUUUCCCCGCCUUUUUCGCCCAUCAUGUCUGACGCCGCCACCUACUCGGUCCCUUUCUGGAUCAACGGCGAGGAGUACCACGCCGAGAAGCAGUACGAUGUCAUCUCGCCCGUCACCGGCAAGGCCAUCCACCGGUCCGGCGCCGCCUCGGAUGCCGACGUGAAGAAGGCCGUCGAGGCCGCCGACAAGGCUUUCAAGACGUGGAAGAAGACACUCCCCAAGGAGCGCCGGGAUGUCUUCUUGAAGGCUGCUGAGAUCUUUGAGAGGAGGAAAGAGGAGCUCGGGGACUACAUGAUGCAGGAGACUGGUGCCCCUCGCCAGUGGGCCGACUUCAACUUGGACGUCGCGAAGGACUUCUGCCUUGACAUUGGCGGCCGGAUCCGCACUCUCGAGGGCACCAUUCCCACCACUGCCGAUCCUGAGACCGGCGCCAUGAUCGUCAGGGAGCCCUUUGGUGUCAUUCUCGCCAUUGCCCCAUGGAACGCCCCCUACAUCCUCGGCAUCCGCUCCAUCCUCUUCCCCAUCGCCGCCGGCAACACGGCCAUCCUCAAGGGCAGCGAAGCCUGCCCCCGCACCAUGUGGGGCCUCUGCUCCGUUUUUCACGAGGCCGGCCUCCCCGCCGGCGUCCUCAACAUGCUCGUCCACUCCCCCCAGGACGCCCCCCGCAUCACGGCCAACCUCAUCGCCGAGCCGGCCGUCAAGAAGAUCAACUUCACCGGCUCCACCGGCGUCGGCCGCAUCAUCGGCCGUCUGGCGGGCGAGAACCUCAAGCCCGUCCUCCUCGAGCUCGGCGGCAAGGCCCCCGCCAUCGUCUGGGAGGACGCCGACCUCGACAACGCCGCCUUCCAGUGCGCCCUCGGCGCCUUCCUCAACAGCGGCCAGAUCUGCAUGUCUACCGAGCGCAUCCUGGUUCACAAGAACGUCAGGGCCGAAUUCGAGAAGAGGUUUGUCGGCGCCAUUGACCAGAUUUUCGGGUCUGCUCCCGACGCGCCUAUCUUGAUCAACAGCGCGGCUGUGACCAAGAACAAGGCUCUCAUCAAGGAUGCGCUGGCCAAGGGCGGCGAGUUGCUGUACGGCAACCCUGACGCUGUGGAGAAGAGCGACACGAGGAUGAAGCCGGUUGUGAUCAACAAUGCGAACAAGGAGAUGGAGAUCUACCAGACGGAGAGCUUUGGGCCGUCGGUGGCGUUGUAUGAGAUUGAGACGGAGGAGGAGGCGCUGGAGAUUGCGAACGACACCGAGUAUGGUCUCACGUCGGCGGUCUUCACGGAGGAUCUGAGGAGGGGGUUGAGGUUUGCCAAGGAGAUCGAGACGGGGGCGGUGCACAUCAAUAGCAUGACGGUGCAUGACGAGAGUGCGCUGCCGCACGGUGGCGCGAAGGCGAGCGGGUAUGGGAGGUUCAAUACUGCCACGGGGAUGGCGGAGUGGGUGAGGACCAAGACUAUCACUUACAAGUUUUAGGUGAGGGCUGUAAGGUUGGGGAAGGCAGGGGUAAAUAAGGGGCUACUGCACAUAUAAAUGAAGCAUCUUGAACUCUACAGCUCUGGUUCAUCAAUGCGAAUUGCUACAGAUUGAUUGCUAUCGAGGUUGACGGCUAUUAGGGGUAUCUGUACCUACUGAAGGAGAAUUAGAUAUCUGACUGGCAGAGAUGGUGAAGUACCUCGGCUUCAAACCCCUUGAAAAUUCCUUCUAGUCCCCGUAUUCGGAAUUCCUUACCUUCUCCCCUUCUCGCCACCA